AGGCACCAGCCUCACUCUGUGCCCAGACCACAGUGGGUGAGUUCACACCAGCUCAUGAGCAGCAUGGCUAUGCAUCUGUGGUUGGUCACCCUGACCUUGGUUUCCUUCCUUGCCAUGGACAGGGAGCUGCAAGUGUCAGCGGGAAGGCUCCUUUUCUCAAGAAUGCCCAUCUGUGAGCACAUGGCAGAUCCUCCAAACUGUUCCCAGGCACCUAACCUGAUCUGUGGCACUGAUGGGCUCACAUAUAAAAAUGAAUGUCAUCUCUGCAUUACCAGGAUGAAAACCAGAAAAGACAUCCAGAUCAUAAAGGAUGGCAAAUGCUGAGCUCAGAGGUGCACUCAAGCCAUGAAACUUCCUGCUGAAGAACACUGAUGCUCCAGAGGCUAUGAUAUGAAAUAAAACAUGCAGCCCCA